UUUACCCCCCCCCCCUCUCCAAAAGGUGACCGCGGAUCCUCACUUCAUCCACUCCUCCCGGCGCUCACCGGCAGCCUGACGCGGAGGACGGUCAUGCAUCCGCAGAAGCGCGCGUGCGGCUGCGCGUGCAGACCUCUGCUCCGCUGGUGACUCACGCCGUCCUCUCUUUUUUCCAAGUUUUUUUUCUUUUCUUUUUUGGGCUCUCUUCCCUCGCUCUCGCAGCGGCCGCGUUUCCCAGGCCGUCUGCUCCGACUUUCCUCCUCAGAUGCGCGUGGACGGACUGCAGCGUGAGUCGCAUCCGUAGAUCUUGCGUGGAUCCGGGCUGGCAGGAUGUGGGUGACGGUCGGGUGCUGCCUGUCUCUGCUGGCGUCUGUCAUCAGCGCUGCGCAAAGCGCAAACGAGCCCAGCAACAUGUCGUAUGUGAAAGCAACGGUGGACAAACUGCUGAAGGGCUACGACAUCCGGCUGCGGCCUGAUUUUGGAGGCGCGCCCGUGGACGUGGGAAUGAGCAUAGACAUCGCCAGCAUCGACAUGGUGUCUGAAGUCAACAUGGACUACACCAUCACCAUGUACUUCCAGCAGUCGUGGAGAGACAAGCGCCUCUCCUACACCGGCAUCCCUCUCAACCUGACGCUCGACAACCGAGUCGCUGAUCAGCUCUGGGUCCCUGACACCUACUUCAUCAACGACAAGAAGUCUUUUGUCCACGGGGUGACGGUGAAGAACCGGAUGAUCCGACUGCACCCUGAUGGCACCGUGCUCUACGGCCUCAGGAUCACCACAACAGCUGCCUGCAUGAUGGACCUGCGCAGAUACCCUCUGGAUGAGCAGAACUGCACCCUGGAAAUCGAGAGCUACGGAUACACCACAGAUGACAUUGAGUUCUACUGGCAGGGGGGCAGCAACGCAGGCUCCGUCACUGGGGUGGAGAACAUCGAGCUGCCCCAAUUCUCCAUCAUAGACUACCAAACCCUGUCCACCAAAGCUGUGUUUGCCACAGGUUCCUACCCACGUCUGUCACUUAGCUUCAAGCUAAAGAGGAACAUAGGUUAUUUCAUCCUCCAGACCUACAUGCCCUCCACCCUGAUCACCAUCCUGUCCUGGGUCUCCUUUUGGAUAAACUAUGACGCCUCGGCUGCCAGAGUCGCUUUAGGUAUCACCACUGUGCUGACCAUGACCACCAUCAACACCCAUCUCAGAGAGACCCUGCCCAAGAUCCCAUACGUCAAGGCCAUUGACAUUUACCUGAUGGGCUGCUUUGUCUUCGUUUUUCUGGCCUUGCUGGAGUACGCCUUUGUCAACUACAUCUUCUUUGGUCGAGGUCCUCACCUGCAGAAGAAGGCAGCAGAGAAAGCCAAAUCCAAUGAGAACAGGAGCCGACUGGAGAGCAGCAGGGUUCAGGUUGAUGCUCAUGGCAGCAUCCUCCUGUCCAACAUGCCCACAGAGAUGGGUGGACCAGAUAUGAUGAGUACACUCCAUGACCCGCGGGCUACAAUGUUUUCCUACGACAGCGCCAGCAUUCAGUACCGGAAGCCAAUGGCCAGCCGGGACCUUUACGGACGACCCGCCCUCGACCGACCACUAGGACCUAAGAAAAGUCGUUUGAGAAGGAGGGCCUCUCAGCUUAAAGUCAAGAUACCGGACCUCACAGAUGUCAACGCCAUUGACAAGUGGUCCAGAGUAGUUUUUCCCAUCACAUUCAUAUUCUUCAACCUGGUGUACUGGUUGUAUUAUGUCCAGUAGGGUUCAGCAGUGAGCCUCUGUGGCAGAACCACAGUUUCAUAGAAAAACUACCUAUGUCCUGUACAGGGAUGAAAAGAAGGAGUGGUAAGACCUCUUGUACAUAUCUUCUUUUUUGAAGGAAAAACAUGGUGGUCUGAACAUUGUAAAUACAAUUUAAUAUAAAAUAUGGUAUAUAAAUAAAUCUAUAUAAAGAGAGACAUAUACUUUAAUAAAAAAAACAAUGACUUUUGCUCUACAUAGAAAAUUAUUCAAGCACAAAAAGUAAGAAAAUUUGUUGGCUGAUAGAUUGUAAGCAGUAGAGAUGUUUGUGAGUAAUUCAUAAAACGGUUAAAAAGCUUUUUCUAAGGUGUUUGUAAAACACAAGCAUUCAUGGGAAAGGCAGCAUCAGCUCUGCUGCUCCUCCUACCAAUGCCAGCUCUCUACAAACCCCUUAGAAAGAAAACAAACAGGCUUUCUGGAAACUUUCUUAAAACUUUCUUUAAAAAAAAAGAUCUCUUCUAACAAACGUCCUUACUUUCUGUGUCGAGCUUAGAUAGAAAAAGAUUAGAAUCUUAGAAAACAUAGUCAAAUUUGGUAUUUUUAAGUCCCAACACGGCAAAAAAUUACUGAUGAUGCGAUCAUAAUGGUGGUUUGUUUUGUUUGCUUUUCUGUUUCUCCAUCUUUUGCAUGUAAAUGGCGCUUCAUUGCUGUACAAUAGAAAAAGGGAUGAGGUGGAGGUGAGACUUCAGCUCUGACUCCACCGUGCUGCUGAUAGUGGCAGAAGCAAAGGGACAUCUUCAAAGAGUCAAGAUGUGGCUCUAACUCAGUGGUUCCCAAACUUUUUCUGCAGGGCCCCCCUUUCUGAAGAUUAGAAUAUUUUCGAGCCCCCCCACACUGACACAAACGUACAAAUCCUUUGUUUCUAAACUACACCGCGCCCCCCUGCAAUACCUGGCGCGCCCCCCAGUUUGGGAACCACUGCUCUAACUAAUCAGACAGGAUUGAGAAGCUCUUUCACACUCAGUAGAAACUACUUUAACCCUUGUGCUAUCUUAGAUGACCCCACCCUUCCAUUGACGUAUUCUCCCUACCAUGACAAAGGUGGAUAAAGGUGGAAAGAUUUCAUGUAA